CCCGCAGUACCCACGAGGCACCGAUAGCGAGGCUGCACUGCAGCGGAGAAUUGGUGCUUUCUUUAUGUAAGGCUGACACUGAAUCGACGAUUGUCCAUUGGAGUGGCACGGUGGCGAUGACCUCUUAUACAUAGCACGAAGCAACAUGGAAUGUCGAAAUGAGCACCAUUCCGAACUUGAUCGUGCCCACCUUCGUGGGCCUAGAACCCAAACACACAUCAAAGAAUACGCGAAACGUCCAUCUGCACGGUGCACUCAUGCGUUGCAUGAAAUUGAUAAAUCAACCGGCUCUCUUCAGAAGGAGCAAUCAAGUUGGCUUGGCUGCAGGUCAUUGGUGGCCGCCCUAGAAAGUCAGAUGAGAUGUUUGGCUCCUGAUGAGGUUUGGUGCAGGAGACUUAGUAGCGCGGAGCCUCGGGCAACACGAGGGGAUAGCCGAGGAGUUGCUGUUAGCGCCUCAGCGCUACAUUCGCGGCCCAUAUGGGGCCGCACCACGGCAGCAUGCCAUGUACAAGCCGCCGUGCUCAUACAAAGGUUGCAAUCUAUAAUGAUGUCGGGAUUUGCAUGCAGAUUCCCAUCAUCGGGAUCCUGAGCGCUCGCGGGUUACACGGGCUUUCCCAUUACGGUUGAUCCAGGCUUGUUGCCGAAACCGAUCCGUCCUGUCCAUCGAAGAUGAGGGUCCAUACUAUUGCGAAUUCAGAUAGCUACUGUCAGAAA